AUAUGAAGGGACGUCAAAUUACCACCAGAUUUUAAUCAUUGCUGCUGAACAAGAAAGGGUUUUUCAUCUUAUUCUCAGCCUAUAACUGCAAUCUUAGAACUAAAGCCAUAGAGAAACAAAGUGAUUAAUUCGUAACGUGCACGAAUAAUGCAUGGAUCUCGGCCCUUAAUCUGCCUAGCUUUAACAAAAGAUCUAUAGCGUAGGAAAACAAAGCGACACCUAUUAUCUUCCUCCAAUGGCAACGAAGAGAAAAUACUCCAGACUAUUAAAAGGAUUUCCUCAAGACAGGUUCAUUUCUUAUCAGUUAUUCUUUAAGGUAAACCGCAGUUGCUUUCGACUUAUGUCCAAAAAAUAACAACCGUAACGGCUUAUUUUAGGCGUGUUUUAUCCGAGAACAAGACCGUUUCAACCUCAGGUGACUUGAGAGAAGCAUGUUUGAGACAAAAUUUUGAUUUCACUAGAGGCAAUUUGGUUUUAGCAGGAGCUGAAAAUGAGGCGCUGAAGAUGAAUACGUAAGAUUACAUCGGGAUUCUGUUCAAUAUGGGAAACACGACAGCCGUGGAGGUGAACAGUUACUUUUCAGAACCAGUAGAUGCCAGAACAUUUCGCGCUUUAAUAGUAUCGUGGGCAUUACUCGGACUUAUCUCUGCUGGAUUGAACCUUUUCGUGUGCGCCAUGGUGAUCUUUAACAAAAAGCUUCACACAAUGACAAACUAUCUUGUUCUCAGCUUGUCUAUCUCUGAUCUGAUGGUAGCGGUUGUGUUUGUCCCUGUGUACAUCAUCGAUCAUUACGUCAAGACAGUCAUCGCAGGCUAUUUUGUGGCCUUCGUCUUAUUAACAACGGUUUUCAAUCUCUGUGGCGUCACGUACGAGCGUUAUAUCGCGUUGACACGACCUUUUCGUUAUCGAGCGAUCAUUAACAACCAAAAUGUGACCGUUAUUAUCAGUAUCUCUUGGAUCCUUCCACUGAUUCUGUCUCUUCUUCCGUUGGCUUGGAACACCGACGCGACUUCCACCAUUCACAAAGCCUACCUGGCGACUAUUUUGGCCACUUGCAUCUUCAUUCCAUGUACGACAAUGGUGUGUGUUUACAUGGGUCUGUUAAGGGUGGUACAUCGUUUUGUGAUGAGAAAUAAGAAACGGACGUGCAAAGGUAACAAUACCGGAUACCGGGCGGGCAACGAAGAGAAAGCAGCUGGAGUAUUUGCCAUCGUUCUUGCGAUGUUCCUGGUUUGUUGGCUUCCUCUCAUCUACAUCAACAUCUGUUUGAUAACAGACCAGAGACAUCUUCUCUCUAAUGAACUAAUACUAAUCUCUUUUUACACCUUAGUUCUCAACUCCAUACUGGACCCUGUAAUCUUUGCACUUUAUAAAAAAGACUUUCGUGAGACGUUGAAGAAGCGCUUAAGGCUCAAAUGUCCCGGCAAAGACCAAAAUGGCCACCCCAAAGAAGAUUCUGACAUGGGUUUAAGAAGGCUCUCUUUGAAAACCAAUAACUUUGAGGAGGUUACAUACCCCUAACAACGGAGACACCAAAAAGUGUCAUAACUACCUAUUUUAGCACGUUGAAAAUGAAUGUUAUUGAACGACUAUUUUGACUAAUACGGCAAAAGUAAAAAUUUAAGUGUUAAUUCUAAAAAGAUCUUUCGGUUAGCUGAGAGCUUCACGAAUAAAAUUCAGCUGUGAUAACGCUGGAGAUGGCAAGGAUG